AUGGCUGCGUUCUUCAAGCCUCCUAACAACGCCCCGGUCGGCAUGGCGCUGGCAGUCUUGACUGUCACCCAGACGUCGGCGCUCGUCCAUUCGCUCUGUGAUAGUCUAGACAAAGAGAUCUUCGACCUUGGAGAUACCCUGGGGCUCCCGCCGGACUCCGCGACCUGGCUUGCGGUUCUCUCCGCCCGUCAAGCGUGCCGCGAGCGCAUCUUUGAGCACCGUGUCCUACCCGAGCUUGUCAUACACCGGGAAGCGCUCCGUACCAUCUAUCCACUAGAGGAGGGCGAGACGGCCGAUCUGCUCGAGGGGCUGUCUUCUGCUUUCGCUAAUGUUCGCCAGCACUUCGAGGAGUUGGAAAACGUGUGGCAUACGCUCAUGUCUCUCGCCGACGGCUAUAUGCUGCAGAUGGACGCUGCCGAUUGCGACAAACUUCAGGCUGCGCACCCCUCGCUUCAGCGAACGUUUGACCAGAUAUAUCAGGACAUCGCUGCGUUGACUCAGGAUAUGUGCCAGUGGGACGAUUGUUUCCGAACAGUCAUGACAGAGACGGGCUUCGCUGCAUGCGCGGACCGUCUCGACGCCAGGCCCUUCAGGGACCCUGCUGUUUUCGCACGCAAGCUCGCGCCGCUGUUUGAACUCCUCGAGAAUUACCUGGCCGCGCGCCUUGGAGUUCGUGAGGAUUGCGACCAGCUGUGCGGGGUGCUUGUCGAGAAGUGGCUAUCCUGCGCAGGUGGUCAGAUCCCCGGACACGAGGUUUGCGCCGAACUACGCAAGUACGAGGAGUUCCGCCAAAUCAUUUUUGACCAGAGCAUCGCUCAAGCCGAGGCUAUCGGCACAAUCAAGAGGCUCGUCGACAAUGCAGUCGAAUACUACUCCACACUCACCAGUGUCUCUUCCGCGGUUAUGCCCGUGGAGAAGUUUCACGCAUCGUUUCUCCGCUAUGACGAAAUGCGGGUUGCUUGCGAGCGUCUUGUCAAACGCUGCACGACGGCUAAGAAGGCUAUGGCCGAGUACGUGGUAGAGCUGGAAAAGGUCAGGGAUUGGAUGUAA